GGAUUGAAUAGUACUCUGUAAGCAACUAAGCAAGGAGGUCGAAAAGAACGGUGCGAAAUAUCGUCCUCUCCACUCUUCUCAUCAAAUCCAUUUCUCUCAACUUUUCUCUCUCCUCAACUCGCCGGUACCUGAAAAAUCACCCAAUUCAAUUUGUUUCCCGCUUCCUUUUUCUCUCUCCUCACCUUCAAUUCUUGAUCUAAAUCUUACUUCAAACACCAAGUUCAGAUUGGUCCAGAAGACAUGCCUUUAUCGAAGCAAUAUCGGUGUAUGCAUUCAGCGAGUUGUGCCUGUACAAAAGGGCAUCUAACAGAGGACGUGAUUCUCCUUGUUUUCCAGCAAUUAAAUUGGAACCCUAAGUUGAUUGCGGCUUUCUCCUGUGCUUGUAAAUGGUUUGAUGAUUUUGCAAAGAGAGUUUUGUGGAAAGAGUUUUGUAAGACAAGAGCUCCUAAGAUGAUGAUUGAUCUGCAUUCUAGUGGUAGUCAUAGUGUUGAUGGGAGCUGGAGGGCACUUGGAAAAUUGCUUAUCUAUUGUUCAGGUUGUACCAAAGGAGGCUUGUUCAAUAACAUUCACAUCCCUGGUCAUUUUGUAUAUAGAACCCGAUUCUCAAGAACAUCAGGAAAGAGUUUUCUUUUGCCACAGUGCAGAUCAGAUGUUCUGUAUGUCUCGGAUCCUUGUGAACAUCUUGACCAAGGGGAAGAUGGAGAUAUUGGAUUUUUCAGGGGUAUGUUCAAGUCUUUUUCAAUGUCCAAGGUUCGCAAGUUGCUGAUCAAAAGAAAAGCAGAACUUCACCCUACAGAGGCGUGCCCUUAUUGUAAGGCAAAAUUGUGGAGUAUGCAAGAAGCAAAAAUGAUACCACAGAGUGCCAGUUGCAGGUUGGGAGCUUAUGAAGAUUGCAUUGAGUAUUAUGUUUGUCUUAAUGGUCACAUGCUUGGGCUCUGCACUCUUUUGCCCUUGUCUGAAUCCGAGGAAGCAUCUGAAUUGGAGUAAUAAUCAAAUGAGACAGAGGCAUAUGACAUAGGUCGAACUCUCAAAUUUGUCGGGUACUUGGAAGAAGCUUGGUUCAUUUUUAAUACUGGGUCUAAAAAUAGCCAACCGAAGAAUGUUUCAAAUCCCGGAUCUGUGUAUCGCCUUAGAACUCCGGGGGUAGACGUGGGAGGACUCUUCGUCUUGUAUCCUUGCUGGUUGAUUUUAAAGUGACAGAAAGUAAAGGCUUCCACGAUUAAAUUUGUUUGUACAUUGUAUGGCUCAUGAAUUUCAGAUGCAGAUAUUACUAUCCGCAUCAGGUCUGAUUCAGUCCCUUUCAUAUUCAUGGCUGCGUGAAUCGCAUUCAAAUAGUUAUCAUCAAACUUAAUUGUCCUUUUGUCAUAAGCUUUUUUUAGUUGUACACUUAACUUGUGUGAUGUUGAUUCGUUUCCUUUCAAGUCAUUGAAACAAUUCGCAGGCAUUGUAUAAACAACCAUUGUCGUUCUCUCUAGUCUGUAGCACAAAACAGUACUGGUGUGCAGAUACAAACACUGAAUGCGUUUUUGAAUGAA